AUGGCCCGCCCCGCAGGCGAGGAGCUGGCUCCGGGCCCCGUCCCCGAGCUGUCCCCGCCGGCCGCCGGCGCCGCUUCAUCCUUGCCUCGCUCCGGGAAGCGCCACCCCCCCCGACCGCGAGUCCCGAGAAACGAGCCAAUUCCUGCUUGCAAAGGGAAUGCUUUAUGUGCAGGCACACGAUGCUCCUGUGCUGGCUGUGACAGACCCCGGCAGAGUGCGAAGGCGCCCGACCUCCCCAAAAGAAGAGGCUGGCCCGGUGGUCCCUGGGCUCUGCACCAAGCCACUCACCUGCAAGAACAGACCAUGCCCAGGCCCUGCCAAGGUUCCCGCGGCAGCACGUUAGAUCCCAAGGAGGAAUGCUUUACAGAGAAAUCAGUGCUUACCCAGCCAACAUUUGUUUUUGAAAAGAAGGACCAUUCUUUGAAGCGGCCUGCAGAAGACCCAGUUUGCAAAGCUGAAAAUGAUUUCAUUAGCUGUUCCAGAAAACGUGCAAGAUCAUCAUCAUUGACUUUCCAGAAGUCUGACUCUCAGUCUAACACUGAUACAGCUCUCACACAGCAAAGAGGGAGAUCAUCUUCAUUUAACAUCCUUCCUACUUUCCCUCCCUCCCAGACAGUAAAGAAGAAUAACAUAUUCAUGACCUCAGCUCUUCUUCAAAGAAAUCCUGACAUCAUCAAAAGUACAAGAGAAGGAUCCUUGUCACCAAGUCAGUUGUGGAAUGUCAUUAGACCUGCCACUUUACAGCCCCCACAAGCUCUGACCUGUCCUGAAAUUCCUGUAGUAUCUCUAAUGACUAAGAAAGAAGCAUGUGUUCAGCUAUCUGAAGACAGCUCUUAUUCAUCCACUGAGAAUUCAGUAAAUUCCAAAACAGCAGUGGGGUCAUCUGUUACCAUGAGUCUUUCCACCUCUCAAAACACACAAAGUCAGUUGCUCAAAGAAAGAAGUGUACAAAACAGCAGCAAUUCUGAUUUUGUGUUUGGGGAAAACAUGGUUGAAAGAGUUUUGGUUGGAUCUGCACAUGGUGGGAGACUUUUUACCAAGAGUCCUGAGAGGCAUCCCAAGCUGUGUAAUGAAGCUGAUUUACACAAAGGAGAAAUAACAUCCAUGUCCAUAGGAUCUUCUCAUGUCAGGCCACAAACAAAAACACCUUUGUUGAGGAAUGCAACGCUAAUUGUAUCAGCAGCUGCUUGUGUUUCCAGGCCAGUGGAUAAAAUCCUGUUAGAUAAAGUUGAAGUUAUAACUGGAGAAGAAGCAGAACAAAAUGUAUUGCAGAUUAACUGCAAGCUCUUUGUAUUUAAUAAGCUUUCUUUAAGCUGGACUGAAAGAGGCAGAGGAUCCCUGAGGCUUAAUGACACUGCUAGCAAUAAGCAUGGAAUGUUGCAGUCAAGGCUAAUUAUGCGAAAUCAAGGUAGCUUGAGACUGAUUCUCAACACCCAACUCUGGGAGCAAAUGGUUAUAAAAAGAGCAAACAGAAAGAGCCUGUGCUUCACUGCAACAGAUCAAGAGGACAAUUCUAUUCAAGUAUUUCUAACUCAGGCAAGCUCAAAAGACACUGAACACCUGUAUGCAGCAAUACAUCAUCGCCUUGUGGCCUUGCGAAGCUUUGCUGAGCAAGAGCCAGAUGCUCAUCAAGUAGAUACAGAGUCAGAAACAGCUUUUCAGCCAUUAAACUGUGAUAGUGAUGAUGAAGAACUAACUCAAGUGAGCAGCACUGGAUCUGAUGGACUACAUCAGGCAACUUUGAGUUGUUGCUCACAGGAUUAGUUUCCUUCUGCAACUAGGUAA